AUGGCUGAUCUUCCCGCACUCGGAGAUUAUAAGGUGCCCAAUAUCCAUUUGACCGGAAUUAACGUGGAAGCCAUCAAUGACGGAGAUAUCCCAACCGACCAGCAGAUCGUUUCGGAGGCUCACCGUAGAAGGAUGUUCAAGCGGUCGCGUCAGUUGAUUCCAAAUCUAAACGCCGCUGAUUCUGCAGGAGCCGAGCUCCGGUACCAUAUGGUUCUAACGAGGAGAGCAAAUGCGGAGAUGCAGGGGGCUCCACUUCACCCCAAACUCCUAUCGAUACUUCAAAAUCUCCUAGAUGGCCAGGCCCAACUUCAGACCCAACUUCAAAAUCUCCAGACCCAACUUCAGGAGGGCAUGACCAAACUUCAGACCCAACUUCAGGAGGGCACCCAAUUUCAAGAGGGGUCUUUUCAAGAAGUAGGAAGUAACUCAAGAAGUAGGAAAAGAAGUAAGAGGAAGUAG